AGGAUGAUGAGAUGCAAAGCAUUAGAAGUCUUAUUAAUUCUGCAAUUCUAGAUCAAGAUGUGAAGGGUGGGUUGAGAUGGCCCUUGGGGAAGGCAUCUUCUGGAGGUAGAUAUUGUGUGGUGGGGGUUUGGCACACAAUAGCUAAAGAUUAUAAAAGUUCAUCAUUGAGCCUGAAAGUGAGACAUGCUGAUCGAUAUGAUUUUAGAACUUCAACUGGGGAAGCUACAAGGGAGAUAAAUCUGAAGCUGAAAAACAUUGUCUCAUUAUUACAGGAUCAGGAGGUUGAGGUUAGUUCGGUUGCUGAGAUGCUUAAAGACAACUUGAAAUUGAUAUGGGAUCAUUUCUUAUGCUGUGAACAUUUUUUGACAUGAAAUAGCAAAAAAGGUGUUGAAAAGAUAAAAACAGAAGGGACACCAUCCGGAAAAGGGCAGUUUGAAUAUUUUUGAUAUGUUUAUGGUGUAUUUGCUUACAUUU